UAUCUGAGAACACCUUAAACGCCAAAGAGAAACACAUCAACUAAAUCAUAACACUUUUUCCUAUCAAACACCAUUGAAAUUGCUUUUUAAGUUUUAAGUGAUAACAUUCAUGGAAGCGGCUAUUAACAUUGGCUCCAACGCUCGCCACAGCUCGGCGGUCUGUCCAGCAGCCACGAGUGGCACUCUGGGCCGCCACCUGGCUCGGAGGCUCGUCGAGAUCGGUGCCCGCGAUGUCUUUUCCGUUCCCGGCGACUUCAACCUGACCCUCUUGGAUCACCUGAUCGCCGAGCCGAAGCUCAACUUGGUCGGAUGCUGCAACGAGCUCAACGCCGGGUACGCUGCUGACGGCUACGCCAGGUCCAGGGGUGUGGGUGCGUGCGUGGUGACUUUCACGGUUGGUGGGCUGAGCGUGCUCAACGCCAUCGCCGGCGCCUACAGCGAGAAUUUGCCGGUGAUCUGUAUAGUCGGUGGGCCGAACUCGAAUGACUACGGGACGAACCGGAUCCUUCAUCAUACGAUCGGGUUGCCAGACUUCAGCCAAGAGCUUAGGUGCUUUCAAACCGUUACUUGUGCUCAGGCUGUGAUUAAUAAUUUGGAUGAUGCACACGAGCAGAUAGACACUGCGAUUUCAACUGCUUUGAAAGAAAGCAAACCUGUUUAUAUCAGCAUAAGUUGUAAUUUGUCUGGGAUUCUUCAUCCCACUUUUGGCAGGGACCCUGUUCCAUUCUCUCUUGCUCCCAAAGUAAGCAAUCAAUUAGGAUUAGAAGGCGCAGUUGACGCUGCUGUUGAUUUCCUACACAAAGCUGUUAAGGCUGUUCUUGUGGGUGGACCAAAACUAAGAGUGGCUAAGGCUCAACAAGCAUUUGUAGAGCUUGUUGAUGCUAGUGGGUAUCCUGUUGCUGUUAUGCCCUCUGCUAAGGGCCAGGUGCCAGAGCAACAUCCCCACUUCAUUGGAACUUAUUGGGGUGCUAUUAGUACCAGCUUCUGUGGAGAGAUUGUUGAAUCUGCUGAUGCCUAUCUUUUUGCUGGACCCAUCUUCAAUGAUUAUAGCUCAGUUGGGUACUCCUUAUUGAUCAAAAAGGAAAAAGCUAUCAUGGUUGAGCCUAAUCGAGUGACUAUUGGGAAUGGUCCAUCAUUUGGUUGGGUUUUCAUGGCUGACUUUUUGAGUGCCUUGGCCAAGAAGCUGAAGAGAAAUGGUACUGCUUUAGAAAAUUACCGGCGGAUAUAUGUUCCACCUGGUGUUCCUCUAAGGCACGAGAAUAAUGAACUUUUAAGAAUUAAUAUUCUCUUCAAGCACAUUCAGGAGAUGCUCAGUGGAGAUACAGCAGUGAUUGCUGAAACCGGAGAUUCAUGGUUCAAUUGUCAGAAGCUCCGGCUUCCAGAGAACUGUGGGUAUGAAUUCCAGAUGCAGUAUGGAUCAAUUGGAUGGUCGGUAGGGGCGACCCUUGGGUACGCUCAGGCAGCUAAGGACAAACGAGUAAUUGCUUGCAUCGGUGAUGGAAGUUUCCAGGUAACGGCUCAAGAUAUUUCAACGAUGAUAAGAUGUGGACAAAAUACCAUUAUAUUUCUCAUAAAUAAUGGAGGGUACACUAUUGAAGUAGAGAUUCAUGAUGGACCAUACAAUGUCAUCAAAAACUGGGACUACACCGGACUUGUUAAUGCUAUUCACAAUGGUGAAGGAAAAUGCUGGACUGCCAAGGUUCGAACCGAGGAGGAGCUGGUCGAUGCCAUUUCAACAGCAACAGGUGCACAGAAGGAUUCUCUAUGCUUUAUAGAAGUGUUUUCACACAAAGAUGACACUAGCAAAGAGCUGUUGGAAUGGGGUUCUCGAGUUUCUGCUGCUAACAGCCGCCCACCGAAUCCUCAAUAACUGGUACAGAGUUGUCGAAAGCAUAAUAAAAACUUGCAUAUAUUCCAAUGACAUGUUAAUGUAAAGCUUUCUAAUUUUCUAUCUGAGAAAAUUUGCCGGAACUAGAAAUAAAAGAGAGAACGAUGUAGCUUGGUUUGCACUUACCUGUAUUGUGCACUGUUGUUGUUUUGUAUUAUUUUGCUCAAUUUCUUUCUUAUUUUAAAUUUAAGGGAUUUGACCCCAAACUGUUAUCUCCUCAA